AGGUUUGGAAAACAUUUGUGAACACAGUAGUAACUAUAACAAGUUUUAUACUCAGUAGAAGACGGUCUGAGGGUUUGAUUUAUAGACAUUGAGAAUAAAUUUCGAGAUAUCUUUUACUGUUUGAUAACUUAUAUGUUGAAGUAUAGCAUGUUUUUAUUAUUUAAUUAAACAAGUUCUAGUGUUAUACACCAGCACCAUCUAGCAACUUAACGUGAGGAAAGCUAUGGAUACAAAAUGCGGUUUACAUCUUGGGCCCUGUAUGCACUGAUCGUACAUUAUUGAUAAUCUAUGCUGUGUCACAGUGCAUAACCUCUUGGCGUGGUGUUUGUGUUUCAGGCUAGUACGGUUACUAUAUGUAUUAAACUUGGGUAACUCCGGUAGUGGCCAUCACUUUUAUCCGGUUACAUUAAAAUCUGGCUAUGAUUUAAUUACAUCUGUUCCAGUAUUUAGUACACACAGUUACUAUGUCUGGAUUUGGUUUCGGAAGUACUGGUUCCACAACUCCGGGUACUGCAUUCAACCUUGGAUCCAACAAAACCACCACAUCUGGAUUUACACUUGGUACAACUACAGCACCAUUAUCUUCAGGAAGUUUAUUUGGUACUACAUCUACAUUUGGAACACCCACAACAUUAUCUUCUGGUUUGUCAUUUGGAGCUGCUGCCACUUCACAACCAGCUACUGGGUUGUUUGGAAGCCCUGCUGGCCAGACCACUGGCUUGUCAUUUGGAAUAUCUGUUCCUUCAGCAGCCCCUACAGGACUGACUUUCAGUAAUAUAUCCACUCCAACUGGACUUUCAUUUGGAACACCUACCGUGGGACAGACAGGAGGUAUUUCAUUUGGUAAUGCUGCAACCCCUGCAGGACAGACAGGUCUGUCAUUUGGACCUCCAGCUACAACUGCAACAGGAUUAACCUUUGGAACCCCAGCUACAACUAUUGCACAGUCUGGGCUGUCAUUUGGCACAUCUACUGGACUGGCAUUUGGAACCCCUACUACUUCUGUGGCGCCAUCAACAGGGCUAAUAUUUGGAACUCCAAAUGUCACGACAACACAAACAGGCUUGACAUUUGCAGCUCCAGCUACAACUUUAGGAAUCUCUGGGUCACUUUCUUUUGGCAAUCCUGCUCCUACAAGUGCUGCUCCUUUGAGUUUUCCAGGAUUAUCAACUGCAGUUACCACAGCAGCUAAACCUCUUGGAGGUUUGCCAUUUGGUACAUCAACUGCUGUCACAUCAGCUACUGGUUUCAGUCUUCCUACACCAGCAACGACAAGUCAGGGUACAGGAUUUACCUUGGGUGGCACCACUACAUCAAUAUCUGGGGGUGGAUUAUUUGGGUUAGGGUCAACAAAGCCUCUGUUAUUUUCACCAUCAACUAGUACAACCACUUCUGUAGGCCAUGCUGGAACUUCAGUACCUAUGACCACCACAUUAGUAGGACUUGGAGGUGUUGAUGCUUCACAGGCUAAAUCAGGACUUACAGGAACAAGCCCAAGACGAUCAGAUGUUAAAGCUGUUAAAGAAAACCAGAUACCAAAUGAAAUACUUCAAACAAUUGAAACUUUCAAAAAUAUUGUUAAAACCCAGAAAGGCCUGAGUUCAGACAUAGCAAGAGGUUCAGUAAAGCCUCUCCAUAAAGUCCAGGAAGACACUGAAUCUUUAAAGCAGAUGUUGGCAGGGCUGACCAGUGGAUUGCAAAGGAAUGGGGCAUUGGCAGACAAACUCAAAGCAGAUACAGCAAAGUGUUUGCAUCAAGCUGAGAUGGCACAGCGGACACACGAAACUCCUCCCGGCCUACAGUAUGAUAAUGUGGCUCCUAUAGAAUAUUUUACAGAACUAGUUGCUGGUUUUGAACGUGAUAUGCAAGUGUUCAGGCAAGAAAUUGAGAAUACAGAAAAACAUAUUCUGUCAUUAAGUCAUCCAAUGGCUCUUACUCCUCAAGAACUGGCAUUAGCAAUGAGGAGGCUUCAUGACAGCUUUGUUGCGUUAGCUGGACGACUACAGACUGUUCAUAAUUCAGUUGAAAUGCAAAAGGAGCAAUAUUUGAACCUUCGGAAAUACUUCUUGAAAGAUUCCACUAAUGUGUUUGAGGAACAGGCCAAGAAAUCAGCUGCUGGUGGCAUUAAGCCUAGCAAUGGUGUAAAAAUUUCCCCUGGUCCAACACCUUUUUCAGUGUUAGGCAACCAGCAUGGAUUUGGAUUGCUGCCAGCAAAUUCCGCAGAACCAAAACAUUCUUUUCCACCAGGGAACCCACUAGGAUGGUGUGGAGGGCAGCAACCAUCCCAGCUUCCAGCAAAUCUGUGCGGGAAUUUAUUUUCAUCUGGAGGCUUAUCGAGCAGUCUGAAUACACUUCCUACACCUCAGCCUGUUGAUAAUCAGAGCUUCCAACUUCAGAAACCCCCUCCAGGAAGCAAAAGAGGCAAGCGAUAAAAUCGCACUGCCGGGAAAGAUGGUCACCAUGAAGAAAAUGCAGUAGCCAUGUGACCUUUCAACUAGCAAUCAGGUAAAGGGCUCUCUCUCAUCUUGCUCACUUGUGGCUUAAGGGUCAAAGCCUUAUUUUCUUUUAUUCUUAGAAU